AUGCUCGACCUCCGAGGAAAAGUCGCCCUGGUCAUCGGCCUCGGCCAAUCAGGCACAGACGGCUGGGGCAUCGGCGCCGCCUGCGCCGUGACCUUCGCCGCGCAAGGCGCCGCGAUCUUUGGCGGCAACCGCACCGUCGAAUCCACCACUAAGACCAAAACCACCAUCGAGGAAGCCGGCGGCGUGUGCGACGUCGUCGCGACCGACGCCACGUCCUCCACGUCCGUCAAGGCGCUCGUGGACGCGUGCGUCGCGAAGCACGGCCGCAUCGAUAUCCUGCUCGCCAACGUCGGCGGGUCGCAGCCCGGGUGCGCGGCGAGCAUGGGCGAGGAAACGUGGGAUGCGCAGGUGGAGUUGAAUCUCAAGAGCGUGUACCUUGCGUGCCACCAUGUUCUGCCUAUCAUGGAGGCGCAGGAGGGAGGAGGGAGUAUUGUUUGUGUUUCGAGUAUUGCGGGCUUGCGGUAUAUUGGUAAGCCGCAGGUUGCGUAUAACACGACCAAGGCGGCUGUGAUGCAGUUUGUCAAGGCGACGGCUGUGGUGUAUGCGAAGCGAGGGGUGCGGUUGAAUACGGUUGUGCCUGGGUUGAUGGAGACGCCGUAUACGAGGCAGUUGGCGGAGAGGUUUGCUCCCAAGGACGGGGCGCCUGGAGGCGGUGGGUAUGAGGCGUUUAAGAGGAUGAGGGAGGAGCAGGUGCCGAUGGGACGGAUGGGGGAUGCGUGGGAUGUUGCGAAUGCGGCGGCGUUUUUGGCGUCUGAUGAGGCGAGGUAUAUCACGGGCCAGAAGAUUGUUGUUGAUGGGGGGAUUACUUCGUCUACCGGGCGUACCUAG